AUGGCCACCACCACCACCACCAUCUCGGCCAAUCAACAACAGCCGACCACCAUGACUCUUCGCGGCGCAUCACCACCACCACCAGCAAUGCCCGAACAGCAGCAACAAACCUCGUCUUUCCUCCGCCUGCCGGGCGAGCUCCGCAACGAAAUCUACGAGAUGCUCCUCACGCCGCCCGACCUGACCGAGCAGCAACGCCGCGCCGCCAGCUACCACUCGUCGUCGUGCCGCAACCUGCCCAAGGCCGACAUCCACCCGGCCAUCCUCGGCACCUGCAAGCAGAUCCACGACGAGGCGACGCGCAUCCUGUACGCGCGCAACACCUUCUCGGCGCACAGCAGCCUCCUCACCAAGAUGCCCUUCCUCAUCGAGCCCAGCCGGCCCGUCCUCCGCAACUCGGUCAGCUCGCAGAUCCGCAACUGGCGCAUCAGCAUCCGCCUCGACACGGACCCCUUCUUCACCGCCCAGGACGUCGCCGCCGCCUUCUCCGGCGCCGACUCGCUCGAGGUCGACUGCUGGCAGGCCCAGUUCGAGGCCUGCGACUACAGCGUCCUGCGCCUCUUCGAGGACGUCCGCGGCGUCGGCCGCGUCAAGGUCACCGGCAGCGUCGAGCCCGGCUUCGCCCACUGGCUCGAGCUCGUCAUGGAGAGCCCAAUCGAGACCGACGAGGAGAUGAUGAGCGGCAGCUCCACCCCCGCCUACGUCGAGAUGGAGGGCGAGGACGGCAGGAGGGCCGCCAGAGGCCCCGGCGGCUUGCCGCUCUGGGUGUUCCACUAG